AGGAUUCGAACGCGGUGUUCCUGUGCUCUUGACAUUGGAGGACAUCUUGGUUUGCAUGCCAUCGCGUUUACUUUCUCACUUUUCUGCCGUUCACCCAUUACUGAGUUGCGGCCCUCGUUUCGACCUGCCCUGCUCAACUCAGACACUCUUUUCAUACCAUGAUUCGUUUCGCGGUACUGAACGAAGAGGAGCAGUCAAAGUCAAAGGAGGAGGAGUCCGUGGAGAUUCAGGCCGAGAAAUGUUUAGGCGUAUACGAAGGCGCGAUUCGAUUGCUGCAGAAAGGGCAGCUAGAAGAAUCGAAGGGGAUGCUUAAGGACCUAAUAGACUCUGAUCUUUUCCAGAAUAUCGAUAACGACUCAGAGAUAGCGGCCCGGGGUACGCCUCUCCGUCGCUUGCAGUACCUGGUCUAUACGAAUUAUGCGUACAUUCUUGAGCAGGUCGCAGAAAACGCCUUAGCACUCCAAUACUAUCUAAAGGCGAUUGCAUUUGACUGUUCGGAUAACUCGCUAUGGAUCAAGAUUGGGACGAUGGCGGCAGACGAAAAAAAGCUCAAGCUAGCACGCUAUGCAUUGGAAAGCGGACUGCAGCAACAACGCACAGACGGGGUGGACAACACAGCAACCAACAACGUAUUCUCAAAUGAUUGGCCAGAUCAUGACUUCACGCCUUCUCAAUGGACAUGCCUGGAGACAUUGUGCAAUGUUCUUUACGAGAUUGGCGACUUUAUAGCAUGCGAGGACUACAUCCAAAAGGCGCUGAGGGUAUCGCCUUAUUUUCAGCGAGGGCUAGAGCUCCAAAAUUUGAUCCACAGCCAGCUUCAGGAUGGACCGGACUUAACUAAUUUCGGCCGCAUCGCUUUGGAUACAGCACCUUCAAAUAAUAUCGAGACCAGUGUAAAGCAGCUGGUUUUAGAGGAUCCGUCUUGGAUUACUCUCGGCGAGAAGCUGCUGGAGGAGUACAAGGCGAUGCUAGCAGACCCAGACCCAGACUUUUGCAACCAGCGCCUAGUGAUUCGGACACAAAAGGCAACCAGCGAGGACAUUGACAUGGGAGAGGUGCCUUUGGUAAUCCAGGAACCCGUUGCUACUAUGGAAGUAGAGUUAGCUACGGAAGAACCAGUGCCCCCAGAAUCCAAGGCCAUGGCGGAGCCGUUCACGCAGGAGCCCAUAGAAGCAAGCGGGCCAGCAGCUACUGUUGGAGAUGACGUUGGGGACCAAGGUGAUAAAGAUACUGCAGAGACAGAGCAAAACGCGGCUAUAAAACGGAAAAGAAAAGAGGUUGAGGAGCGAUCUGGAUUAAGGACGUCGAAGCGAGUGCGGGACAAACUCGAGCAGUUCGAAGAGACCAAGAGGAAGCGCGAAGAGGAGGAGCAAGAAAUGUUGUCCAAGUACAGGAUUGUUCUCUCCAAGUUUGGGAUGGAUAUCGAAAAUGCAUAUAUAUCUGGUGCAAACUCAGGGUCACUACGGGCAGAGCAGAUUUUCCCGAGCGGACUGUAUGGACUUUUGGUCACCUUCAACAAGCAUCUGGAGCGUCCCAACGCACUCGUUCAAGCCUCAACAAUCGAACAUGUCCAACAGUAACGUAUCUUUCAGAGCGUCCUUCAUCAUCUGGGGACCGACUUGUAUACAGUGGCUGGCCCAUCCUAAACUACUAUACCACCGAUUUCUCUGUAGGCAAAAGACAAACCACUUUGCGA